AUUAAGCCUUUCAAUGAUUCACUCCUAGGUAAUUCUGAAAAUUCCGAGACCUCAUACAGAGAUUUUUUCUACAUGUGUUUAUCAAAAUCUUUAUAUGUCCCAAAUCUACACUUACUUUUCAAUCCGUUAUUAGAUCUUUUAAACCCCUCGGAAAAGAACGGGAAAUUUGGAAUCUCAGGAUCUUGAACAUCACUCGAGUCUGUUCCUUAUAGAGGUUCCAGAAUAAUGUCAAGAAGGAUCAAAACUUCAUCGUCAAGUUCAGCUCGAAAGGAGCAAAUGAUGGCCAUUGAGAACGAUAUGUAUCCAGCAACAGAAACGAAAGUUAAUAAAGAUAGGAAAAGAAAUGUCGACGAAAACAUUCGAAUCGAGGUCCUAGAGGAAAAAAUAAAGAUUGAUUCCAAAAAUCAUGAAAAAGAAAAGAGAAAAAUCACGUCUGAAAAAGAUGAGGCAGUGAAGUCUCUGGAAGCUGAGAACGAACAUCUAAAGAUCGAAGUUGCAAACAAGAAAGACAAAAUAAAGCAGUUGGAUAUAGCUAAUGGUAAGAAGGAUUUUCUUCUAAAGGAAAAAAACAAGCAAGUUAAGGAAUUGCAACAGGAGAGAGAUGAACUUAAACAGCGAGCAGAUGAUCUACAGAGAGAGAUAUCUCGUCUUGAAGACACAAGAAGAGAAAUGUCAGAAAAGUUCCAAGAGACCACAAUAACUGUUGAGAAGCAGCAGGAGGAAAUAACGAUAAUGAAAGUAAAAAUUGAUGAUCUAAAAGAAAAGCUUGCAUUAGUACAAGCAGAGAGGGAUGCAAGGGACGCACGGGAAGAACAGUUAUUAUCUCAGAUGAAGUCGAUGGAAACUAAAAUGGAAGAGAUAAACAGAAAUGCUAAAGCCCGAGAGAAGGAACAAGAACGGAGAAUGGACGAAAGGGAGAAAAAGCGAGACGAAGAAGCAAAGCGGCGCGAGAGAUUACUGAAUGAAGAAUGGGAACGAAGAGAAGCCAAACGAGAGGAAGAUGCCAGAAGGAACAACCAAAGAAUGUAUGAUCAACUCGAUAGAGUUCUUUGCGAAGUCUUAAAUAGUAAGACAGAGCUCCGAAGAGAAAUAAGAGAACAUUCAAAGCCCAAAAAUGACGGUUUUUUCAUUACCGAAUCUAAAAAUCUACAGGUUCAGAGCGGUAAUCAUUACUACAUGGGGCCGACAUCACCAUCAAGAAAAAAAACCGAGACUUUGUCCAGAGGAAAGGUGCAGCCUCAGACCAGAUUCUCUUUCCCAUCCGGUAUUGGUGUUUCUCUACCCAGAAGUGGGAUUAACAACAAAAUGCCCAACUACAAAUAAAGAAAAUGUCGCCAACAGGGAGUUGAUUUCAUAUUUUUAUUGGUCAUGCUGUAAAGAAAAGACAUGUAACAGGAAGGAAAACUUUCCAGAUUUUUAGUCGUGAGAGUUUUGCUUAUCUGUUUAUAAGUCAUGAUCUACGAAAGCAGUUUUGAUACUAAUAUUCAUAGAAAUGAGUUUUGAAAGGGUUCUGCAGUUUUCUGAGUCUUUUAAUGAAUGUCCAUUUUUUUAUUGAUUUGUUUAAAAGACUGCUAGUAUAUUCAUGUUUUUAUUAAAUUGAUCAAUGAAACGUUUACAGUUAUUUGAAAGCAUUUUCUUAAAGUGUUGUCAUUCCGAAUUUGUGUAAUAAGAUUAUGCUUAUUGUCGUGUUAAUUUGAAAGUGCAUGGUUUUGUUACAUUUUAUAAAAUAAUUGGCAGUUCGAAACUUUGUGUUUUUUAAACUGCUUAUUGCAUUGUGAUAAGGCAAAUCCUCUAGUUAAUGUAAAUUCUAGAUAUAAUGAUUAUCACAUUUGAUUUCAUAGUUUUAUGUGUGUGUUGUUUUAAGCUUUCGUUGGCAUUUUAGCCACAGAUUUUUGUUUUGUAUUGAGUGUUAUCAUUUUUCUUUAUCAGAAAUAUUGUCUGAUUACUUUUGUUAUUUAUUCAUGUUGAAAUUUAAAAUAUACGUCUUUUUUUAAACGUGUGUCGGUUGUUUCGUUUUCGAUACUCGGAAAUCCCCUGAACUACCCACGUUCUGAGUAUUCUAUAAGGCUUUUGUUAGUUUGCGUGAAUUUACAGUCAAGAUCGUUACUUGGCUUACAUUAUCAUUCUUGAACAUUACUUACCGUAAUACGAUGGCAGGUUUUUAACAUGUACUAUCAUUGUGUAAUAAUUAUGUUUAACAAAAAAUAGCAUAAACAUGGCCUUACAGGGGUAGAAAAUGCUGUAAACUAUUUCGAUUUUUUUUUUUCAUUUUCAUUUUAAAUCAACUGAUUAAAACGGACUAAAUGCAAAUAAGUCCUUUCUUAUUUGUUUUGUUUCGAUUAGAUUAAUUUUUAUGCGAGAAGUUAUUAAUUAAAACAAAUAUAAAUCACUAACUAUAAAAGUAAAAGUUUGUCCACUAGAAUAUUAAAGAUUUCAAGUUACUUUUUGAUAGAUGUGCAGAUCUUAAAGCAAUUGCAAAAUAAGCUAAAAGCAGAGGGUAGAAGAAUAGUCUUAUGUUCUGCGAUAUCAACUUGCUUUGGGCUACAGAUCUAGAAUUUUUGGUUUAUUUGUUUUCAUUUAUUGUUUUCUAUUUUUUGCUUUGUUAUAUGUUAGUUUUGUGUUUGGUUAUUUGCUUUGUUUGCUAUGUUUAGAGUUUUAUUGUGUGUGUGUGUGUGUAUGUGUGUGUGUGGGUGUGGUUUUUUUAAUUUAGUUUUUAUUUUCUUUUGUUGUUGUUGUUGUUUUUUAUGAU